AUGUCCAUAACAGCUCAAGAACUGGAGAUCCUCUCCACCAAGGCAAUCGCUGCCAAGGCGUCGGCAUACUGCCCGUACUCCAAGUUCCGCGUUGGCGCAUGCAUUCUAACUGCGUCGGGUGAGUUCAUCGUUGGCGCCAACGUUGAGAACGCCUCAUACCCUGUUGGAACUUGUGCGGAGCGAGUUGCUUUUGGUACUGCAAUUGUUGCCGGGCACAAGGAGUUUAAGGCGCUUGCUGUGGCGACGGACAUCAAGCCAGCUGCUUCGCCGUGUGGGAUGUGUCGGCAAUGCAUCCGCGAGUUCACUGGUCCUUCGUUCCCUGUGUAUAUGUAUGAUGGGGACGGAUCGUAUAAGGUCAUGACCAUGGAAGAGUUGCUGCCGGACUCGUUUGGCCCUGGGGAUCUA